CACAAUAAAAAUCUGCUGAGAAGAACUGUGGGAGGCAGUUUGCUGUCAAACUCAUCCCAUUAACCUUGCUUACAAUUCUAACCACACGCCUCCUCGUUCUGACUCUUCGUUACACUUCCUCUCACCUGCUGUUUCUGUCUGUAUCAUUCUAUGAACAAAAGGAAGAAAACAGGCUUGAAAGAAUAGUGUAUUUUCAGGAAAUCAAUGUGAGAGGGAGAAAAAGAAAGUAGGGGAGAUAGAAGAGGGGGGUAAAGCAUGUUUUGAGCAUUGGCAACUGGCUGCUAGGACAGACAAAAAAAAAGAAAAAGGAGAAAGAACGAGAAAAGAGACAGCAGACCAGCUACACACACACAAGAUGGCUACAGCCGCUUCUGAUUUAAACUCUGAUGUAGAGGGAUCUUGUCCGCCCAUACGUCGCCUGUUGUUGCUGGGCUUCAAGCGCUCUGGUAAAACCUCAACACUGCGUACCAUCUUGAGUCAAGAGAAGAACCCAUCCGACCAUUCCUUAACAGCUGUAGAGGGAUCUUGUCCACCCAUACGUCGCCUGUUGUUGCUGGGCUUCAAGGGCUCUGGUAAAACCUCAACACUGCGUACCAUCUUGAGUCAAGAGAAGAACCCAUCUGACCAUUCCUUAACAGAACAGCAACACUGGAUAGAUAUACUCAACUGGAGACUGUUGGUCAUUGACACCCUUGGAUGGCAACUUGAAACCGAAGACACCGAUGAGAAAGACUCGGAGAACCAGCCAUCCAUCAUUGACCAGUGCUGUCCUGUGAACCAGCAAUCCAUCAUUGACCAGUGCUCUCCUGGUCCUCACGCUGUGCUGCUUGUGGUUCCCAUCAGUGCACCAUUCACUGAGCUUCACUGGCAAGGUUUGUGGCCCAGAGUCACAGCUCUGGGAGCCGGAAUAUGGCGGCACACCAUGGUCCUGUUCACAUGUGCGGACCAGAUGCCGAAAGACAAGGGUGUGGAGGAAUUCAUUGUGCAUGCAGGGGCAGCGCUACAGAGGCUGGUGGAGAGGUGUGGCUGCAGCUACCAUGCCGUGGAUAACACCUUGUCUGACAAGAGCGCACAGGUUGCCGAGCUUUUGCAGAAAGUGGAGGAGAUGGUGCAGGAGAAUCAGGGCUGGUUCUUUGAAAUGGAGAGGCCAAGCAUUUUGUUUGAAGACGAAGAGAUGCAAAGGGAAAGAGAAGAGGAUAGAGGCACCGAAGUGGGGAGGACACCGGCAAUGUUUAGAUCUCCACCAAGAGAGUUACGGGUGCUGUUGGUUGGCUGGCGUGGAGCUGGAAAGAGCUCUGUGGGUAACGUUCUAUUGGGCUGUCGUGUGUUCGAAUCAGGACAGCCAACCGAGGUGUCUGUCCGUCGCCAAGCAUUCGUAGCCGGUCGACGCCUCACAAUCGUUGAUACCCCAGGCUGGGAUUGGUUCUCCGUCCAACGCACACCCAGCAACAUACGCAAAGAAAUCAAACUAGGGGCGGGACUUCUCCAUCCGGGCCCACACGCCCUCUUACUGGUCAUCCCUGUGGUCUCCACACUCACUCCCAAAAAGAGGCAGGCCCUCAAGAGCCAUUUGGAAAUGUUCGAUGAGGAGGCUUGUCUGCACACGCUGGUGCUCUUCUCGUGUGGCGAUUGGCUGUACGGCACAUCCAUCGAAGAUCAUAUCCAACGGAACGGAGGUGAGCUUCUGAAACUAAUGGAACAUUGCUGUAACUGUUAUCAUGUGCUGGACUGUACCAAAACCAGCAAGGACAAGGCCCAGGUGACGGAACUAUUGCAGAAAAUAGAGGAAAUGGUGGCGGAGAAUGGACAGAAACCGUUCUUACCCGUCAAGCUGAACCAAGAACUAGACGAGGAGGAAACCAGUGGAAAAUGCAUUCUGCAUUAAAAGUUAUUUGCACACUUUCACUUAAAAGGUAAAUUGCAAAGACAAUGCGGUCAUGCCGAUAUGCCUUAUUCAACAUUAGAAAGGUUAGACCCUAUCUCACUGAGCAUGCGGCACAACUCCUUGUCCAGGCCCUGGGAAUCUCAAGGUUGGACUACUGCAAUGCUCUCCUUGCUGGUCUUCCUGCAAAGGCUAUCAAACCACUCCAGCUGGUUCAGAACGCAGCAGCACGCCUCAUCUUCCAACAGCCCAAAAGGGCUCAUGUGACUCCCCUGUUCAUCUCCCUCCACUGGUUGAAGCCCAUAUCAGAUUCAAGUCACUAAUGCUUGCCUACAGGACUAUCACUGGAUCUGCACCGACAUACUUUCACACUCUCCUACACCUCAUCAAGAUCCCUGCGUUCAGCAAACCAGCGGCGUCUUGUACUGGCUUCCCAUAAGGGCAGUAAAUCGCUUUCCCGCUCAUUCUCAUUCACAACUCCUUCCUGGUGGAACAUUCUUCCUAAUUCGGUCCGGUCAACCACAUCUCUCACAACAUUCAAAAAACUACUUAAAACCCAUCUCUUUUGUGAAUACUUGACAAAUGGAAAAAAUCUCUCUUUCUCUCAACAGGUAGUGGUCUAGCUUUUGUUGAAACUAAUAACUUUGUAUUGGCACCUAUUGCAUUAUUGCUCCUGUAUAACAUAUCGCUUAUUGCUCCUAAGUCACUUUGGAUAGAAGCGUCUGCUAAAUGACUAAAUGUAAAUGUAAAUAAAGAUGAAUGUGAAAAUAGUUUUAUGGAUCCCAAAACAAGCAGUACUUUCAUUCUGCAUCUGUUUAACAUAAGGCCAUGCACACUAUUUUAUGUUAUCUUGAGUUUCUAAUGUUUGUCCAGAAUGUUCUGCUUUACUAAAACGUAUUUAUCAAAAUAGAUACUUUAUUUUGUUCAUCUUUGCUAGAAGCACAUUGCACUUACUGGUGUCAUAUAGAUACCUUUUGUUAAACUUGUUCAAGUCUGGUGAACCAUUGAUCACAAAUAAAAUGAAUUAUUUUUAUUCAAACCUUGACACUAGCAUCACAUGCAUGAAAUGUUAUGGAUGCAGAGUAUUUGCUAGUGUUACACUACAUGCAUGUUUUACUACAGACCAUGACAAAAACAAUCCUAAGACCAUAUCAUACUUCAUAUGCCAACUGAAAUUCUGUAUAAGUAUAUAGAUUCUGGAUUUUAGAGUACAUGACGAUGAAUUUAACGUGCCAUCUUAACAUUCAGGGCUUUCUUUUUGUAUUUAAUGACUGAUGAUUAUGUAAUGGCUGUGAUGGUAGCAAUAUAUUCUGCCUUUUCAGGUAUAGAUUUAUUAAUUCAUUUUCAUUGUGACUGUUACUAUUGCUUAGUAAUAUUCAUCUACUACAACAAAUAUUGCUGCAAUAUAAUUUGCUAUGUGAAAACAAGAACCACGAAAAUGACUUGACAAUAGAAACUGGCUUAUGGAGUGAAAUUGUUUCACAGCAUAUAUAAAAGUUUUACAAUAAAACCUGUGCAUUGGGUACUUUUUAAAAUCCAAUUCAAAGUUUAACAUUUUAUAAAAACCUACGUUUUAUAAAAUAAAGGGAAAUUAAUCCUGCUUUACUCACAUAAUUAUUUUAUGGAGGCAGUUAAUGUAUUAAGCCUAUUUUAAGACAAAAAAAGCAUACAAUUAAAAUAGGCAUACAAAAAGGUAUUUUUCUAUGUUUAUUACAGAAGUAAAAUACAGUUUAUGUGAAAUGGCCAUAACAUGACAAAAUAGUUCUAU